AUGCCCCCACUUGCCGCGCUCGAGCCCCUCUUCCUCCUCCUGUCAAACACCGCAGAGAUGCAGGAGAGGCUGGCCGUGUUUGUUUGCAAUCUCAAGCCCGCCAACAUGCGCGGCCAGCGGAGCGAGGGCAUGGUCCUCGCCGCCAAUGCGCCCGACGACGCCAAGGUGGAGCUGGUGACCCCCCCGCCGGGGUCCAAGCCUGGGGACCGGGUGGGCGUGGAUGGCUUCCCGGGCGAGCCGGACGCGCGGCUGAACCCCAAGCACAACAUCUUCGAGGCGGUGUCAGCCGAGCUGGACAUCUCCGAGGACGGGGUGGUGACCUACCGGGGGAGGCCCCUGGGCACCCAGAAAGGCGCGUGCACUGUGCCCACCGUGCGCUCCGGCAUCAUCCGCUGA